AUGCCACAACUCAACAUCGUCCUUGGAGGUAACGAUAUUCACACGAAUUGGUUCCUUCAUAGUCAGGUGACUGAGACAGGAUUGCUUGGUUCCAAGCCUGCUAGUGUACCCAUUGAGGAAAAUCACCAUUUGGCGCUGUCUUUGGAACCAAUAUUUAGUGAGCCUACACGAUAUCGUCGGUUGGUGGGCAAAUUAAUUUAUCUUACUCUUACUCGACCAGAGCUUAACUACUCCGUGCACAUUCUCGCUCAGUUCAUGCAGAAUCCCUCGCAAGCACACUGGGACGCAGUUAUGCGGGUUCUUCGUUAUCUUAAGGGCAAUCCAGGUCAGGGUAUUUAUCUUCGUGCCAAUGCUUCUAUGACACUUGAGGCUUACUGUGAUGCUGAUUGGGCAAGUUGUCCCAUAAGUCGUCGUUCACUCACCGCAUAUUUUGUAUUUCUUGGUGGUUCGCCUAUUUCUUGGAAAACAAAGAAGCAGGAUACUGUGUCUCGUUCUUCUGCUGAAGCAGAAUAUCGUGCAAUGGCUUCCGCUACAAGUGAGAUUAUUUGGUUGAAAGGUCUGCUUCGGAGUUUGGGCAUUGACCAUCCAUCGGUUGUCCCACUUCAUUGUGACAGUCAAGCCGCACUUCAUAUUGCUAAUAAUCCAGUUUUUCAUGAACGCACCAAACAUAUUGAGAUAGAUUGUCACUUUGUUCGCGAUGAGAUCGUGCGAGGCACUAUUGCGCCAUCAUAUGUGAAUACUGCAUUUCAGCUAGCUGAUAUUCUUACAAAGGCUCUUGGGCGAUCUCAAUUUCAUUGUUUGCUAGACAAGUUGGGCAUUUCUCGAUUACAUGCUCCAACUUGA